ACUGAGUUGAUUUCCAGCACAUGUACGCUGCAGAAAAUGGGAAAAAAACGAUUGAUCCAGACUGAAAAUAUGACUUUAUUCUGCUUAAACUGUCACAUUUUGUGUUUUUCUUCGCUUGAUUGUCACUUCGGUGAUGGGGAAUAUAAAAUCCGACGCAGUGGGUGAUAGAAUCGACGUUAAAUAUUUUAAUAAAAUCACACAAGCUCUGUCUGUCUGUCUGUCUGUCUCAUCCUUCCACGCACUGGAGUUACAGCGCGCUACAAUUCGGUUUCUUCUGUUCACUGGUGGUGCAUCUCUGCUCUUAUAAAGACGGUGGGCUUGGCGAUGCUUUUAACAUCAAUCACAUGCAGUGCACGGGGCGCACGCGGUCUCCCGUCUAUCAGUGGGAAAGUGCUCUCGCCUCGGGUGUGGGGAUGCGCGUCUCCGCUCCAUUAUCCCGUCCAAAUCUGAUUCUCUCCUCGCCCGAGCACCAGUGAGUGUUUGUCUCUCAUCUGCACACAGCCGCGAAGUUGGGACUUGAGACUUUCAGCACCACUUUUUGGUGGACAGCGCUUCAGUGAUUUUGGGAGAUCGACGCAGCUCGAUGUUGGAUAACAUUGUUUGGGUUCCUUAAAAAAAUCUAGAGUUAGCUCGGGAUUUCUACUGAUACGUCAACAUUUUUUUCCCCAAAAUUUGGGUCAUUUUGGGCGUAAAUUCCUCGUGGACAGGAUAGAGGGGAAUUCACUGUGAAGCUUGUGGACCCGAGCAGGCCUGGGGGCUCUGAAAUACACCAAAUCCCUGCCCUGGGGAAGAGAGAAGAUUAAAAACUUCUGAUUGAGGUGGAGAGGAAGGAGACUCAAAGAGUGGGAGUGUGAGACAGAGAGGGGAAAAAAAGCUUAUCUUUCACCUUUGUUCUUCGUAAUGCCCCGAGUAAAGGAUCUCCAUAGGCAGGACUGCGAAUAACCAAAGACACGGAGGCAGCUGCCCACCACAGUGGUCAGAGGAUGGAGUGAGAGAUGAGAACAGGAUUGCAUCCUGUGAAAGGGCGAGCCUCUCAUUAUUCCACAUUAAUUGAAUGCCGAAGAGAGAGGAGACAUGAGAGGAAACCCUUUCAGUGCCAACUGCUUCAAGGCGCUUUGCAAUUAGCCCAUCGGCUAUCGCUAAAUCAUACCUUUUUUUGUUGUUUCGCAUUUGUUUGUGUGGAUGUGCACUUGGACCAUGAUCGCGUUUCAGCCCCCGGCGUGUAGAGCGCACCGGACCAGCUGUCAAAGAAACAGCCAGAUUCUGCUACUACUACUACUUCUACUGCUGCUGCUUCUCCAUGGCCCCCUCAAGGCCACUCAGGCUGCCAGACCCAAAGGGCCUGGACAAACUCUGAACUCCAUCCGCAUUGACGGAGAUAUCUCCCUGGGUGGACUCUUCCCAGUCCAUGCCAGAGGCCACGAUGGCAAGCCUUGUGGGGAGCUGAAGAAGGAGAAGGGCAUACACAGACUGGAGGCCAUGCUUUUUGCCCUCGACCGCAUCAAUAAUGACAACAACCUGCUACCCAACAUCACACUGGGAGCACGGAUCCUGGACACCUGUUCAAGGGAUACACAUGCCCUUGAGCAGUCGCUCACCUUCGUGCAGGCUCUGAUUGAGAAGGAUGGGACAGAUGUCAAAUGUCUUGGUGGGGGAGCGCCCAUCAUCACCAAACCUGAGAGGGUGGUGGGUGUGAUUGGAGCCUCUUCCAGCUCUGUUUCUAUCAUGGUGGCCAACAUUCUGCGCCUCUUUAAGAUUCCCCAGGUGAGCUAUGCAUCUACAGCUCCAGAGCUGAGUGACAACACCCGCUAUGACUUCUUCUCUCGUGUGGUGCCUCCUGACACGUAUCAGGCCCAAGCCAUGGUGGACAUUGUCAAGGCAAUGGGCUGGAACUACGUCUCCACGGUGGCUUCAGAAGGGAACUAUGGGGAGAGUGGUAUUGAGGCUUUUGUUCAGAAGACUCGGGAGGAUGGUAUUGUGUGCAUCUCACAGACCGUCAAGAUCCCUCGGGAGCCAAAGCAGGGCGAGUUUGACAAGAUCAUCCGCAGACUCAACGAAAACUCAAAUGCAAGAGUUGUCGUACUUUUUGCUAAUGAAGAUGACAUCAGGCGACUGCUCAGCGCAGCAAAAAAGGCAAACCAGACCGGUCAUUUCAUCUGGGUGGGCUCGGACAGCUGGGGAUCAAAGAUCUCUCCAGUUGAGCAUCAAGAGGAAAUGGCAGAAGGAGCAGUCACUAUCUUACCAAAGCGCCAGUCUAUUAGAGGGUUUGAUCGUUACUUCAUUAGCCGAACACUGGAAAACAACAGAAGGAAUAUCUGGUUUGCUGAGUUCUGGGAGAACAACUUCAACUGCACACUGAGUCGACGUGCUGCGAAGAAAGGGUCCGGGCACAAAAAGUGCACAAAUCAAGAGCGAAUCGGGAAGGACUCGCAUUAUGAGCAGGAAGGAAAGGUGCAGUUUGUUGUUGAUGCGGUCUAUGCAAUGGCUCACGCUCUCCACAACAUGCACCGGGAGCUCUGCCCGGGGAAGGUGGGCCUCUGCGCGAGGAUGGAUCCAAUCAAUGGCACCCACCUGCUCAAACAUAUUCGGCGGCUAAACUUUGCAGGGAUUGCUGGAAACCCGGUCCUGUUCAAUGAAAACGGAGAUGCCCCAGGACGCUACGAAAUCUACCAAUAUCAGAUCAGAAACAAAACGGCCGAAUAUAAAAUCAUCGGCCACUGGACGGAUCAACUCCACCUCAAUGUGCGUUCGAUGCAGUGGCCAGGUGGCGUCCGUCAGAUCCCUCUCUCAAUCUGCAGUCCGCCCUGUAAGCCAGGAGAGCGCAAGAAGACGGUGAAAGGCAUCCCUUGCUGCUGGCAUUGUGACCGCUGCGAUGGGUAUCAAUAUCAGGCAGACACCUACACAUGUAAGAUGUGUCGGUUUGAUUUGCGGCCCAACGUGAAUCACACAGGCUGCGUUCCAAUCCCCAUUGUCAAGCUGGAGUGGAGCUCCCCGUGGGCAGUCAUCCCUGUGUUGAUAGCGGUUGUUGGCAUCAUGGCGACUCUGUUUGUGGUUGUCACGUUCAUACGCUACAACGACACCCCGAUUGUGAAGGCAUCAGGUCGAGAGCUGAGUUAUGUGUUGCUAACUGGCAUCUUUCUCUGCUACGCCACAACGUUCCUGAUGAUUUCGACCCCUGAUGUCGGAAUCUGCUCCUUCCGCCGGAUCUUCCUGGGACUUGGAAUGAGCAUUAGCUAUGCUGCUUUACUCACCAAAACCAACCGCAUUUACCGCAUCUUCGAGCAAGGCAGUAUGUCUGUGAGUGCACCUCGGUUUAUUUCCCCAGCCUCCCAGCUUGUCAUUACAUUCACCCUGGCAUCAGUGCAGCUUCUGGGGGUGUGCGUCUGGUUCAUUAUGGAUCCUUCCAAGGCUCUUAUUGACUAUGAGGACCAGAGAACAUCGAAUCCACUGCUGGCCCGUGGUGUGCUCAAAUGUGACAUUUCUGACCUGUCUCUAAUCUGCCUUCUGGGCUACAGCAUGCUGCUCAUGGUCACCUGCACAGUCUAUGCCAUCAAAACCAGAGGGGUACCUGAAACUUUCAAUGAGGCCAAACCCAUUGGCUUCACCAUGUACACCACCUGCAUUAUCUGGCUAGCAUUCAUCCCCAUCUUCUUUGGAACAUCACAAUCAACAGAAAAGAUGUACAUCCAGACAACCACGCUGACUAUCUCUGUGAGCCUGAGCGCCUCAGUGUCCCUCGGGUUGCUCUACAUGCCCAAGGUCUACGUCAUUCUCCUACACCCCGAGCAGAAUGUGCCCAAGCGCACACGCAGCCUCAAGGCCGUUGUUACUGCCACCACCAUGUCCAACAAGUUCAACUCCAAGGCCGGACUCAGACCCAACGGAGAAGCCAAGACCGAGCUGUGCGAAAGCUCCGAAUCACAAUGUCUCUCCACAAAGCAGACCUACAUCAGCUACAGCAACCAUGCAAUCUAAUGGACAAAGGUUCUUAUCAAAAUUCAGGAUUUGUUCUGUGGCAAAAAACCCAACAACAAAGAAAAAAAAAAGAUGCAAUGAAAUCUUGUGCUGCUGGAGAUCACAGAAGUGUCGCCCACAGAUGGGACUGGUGAGAAGAGAAUACAAAAAGGGGCGGUGUGAGCAAAAGAGACGAUCUAAACAAAUACCUGAACAAGGUUACCUCCUCUGUCAGCCUCACAAGAAGACCUAAGGAAAAAAAAAAAGGAAAAAAAAAGAAAAGCUCGCAUGGCAAAUGCCCAGAGACUAAAAGGAUGGAGCUUUUCUUUAGAGUCCUUACAUUUUAUCUAUGCCCUCUUUCAAAGACUCCUUUCAUCUUGAGCACUGCUGACUGGAACUGAACUCAAAUUUAGAAUUUAUUAAGGAAUCGCAAUGUUAUCUUAAAAUCCUCUCAAGGCAUCACAAGGGAUUAAUCAACACCAAAAAGGCAUGACAACAUGAUUCACGGAUUUCUAAGAGGGGCUCAUGCUUGUUUUUAUUUCUAAAUGUAUUCCGGUCUCAUGAGUCAGAAGACUGGAAAUGAACAUCAUCUCAACAAUGCAGCAGAUCUGUACUGGAACACGUGAAUUUCUCCUCGUUCAGCGUCCUGCUGUUUUAAGAACAACUACACACACGCCAGAGGAUCUGCUGAUCUUGAGCAUGCCAGUUUCAACAUCCCGUGUUGUGUCGUUGAAGAAAAAAAAAGAAAAAAAAAAGAAAAAAAAAAGAAGAAACAAACAGAGAGAAUAAUAUGUUUGGAAUGCGUUAAAACUCUGUUGCAACAAUUGUUUGGGCCUGAGCCUAUUGUACGUCCAAAUCUGUUCUCAGUUGGUGAAGGUGUAGUGAGUGAGUGUUUAUCUGUGCUUCAGUGAGGUCAUAAUUUGUAUUACCAGCUAGCCCAAGGCUGCCACUGCCCUCCGCAUACCUGUAUGUGCUUUAAACAGUGGCUCGGGGUUAAAGUAAUCAGUGUUUUAACCAGGAGAUCUCACUGGGAGCCUUCAUCAACGAUGACCCAACCAUCACUGCCACAAGCAAAGUCUAAAGUCUAAGCUUAGCCGCACAGAUCCAUUAGCAGGGGAAUUAAGAUGAAGUUUGCCCUUGAGAGGAUCAUGCUUUUAGCCCUUAGGGUGACAUUCAUAAUGGGCCAUCUACUGAGAAAAUUCAUUACUGUACAUGUCGUCCUCAGGCACUCUCAUGAUAAGAGGGAGGUGACAGAAACCUGUAAAGCUUUUCAACAAAUGAAAAUCUAAUCGUGAAAAUGUUUUAUACCCUCAUCGAUCACUCCAACUUUACUAAGCAGAUGAGUAUUCGGACUCUCUCAGAAUAAAAGGCCUUUAAUGUCUUGGGGAAAGCAUUGUGCGGUCAUUAGUGUUGUGAAUUCAGUGCUGCUUCUCAUGCCUCCCUCUGUAUUUCUUUCAAAAACCAUUUGUGUUGCAGAAUAAAAUGUGAGUGCUGACCCAAUUAAAUGGCAAGUUAAUGUAUGUUAUUAAAUAGAUCAAUGAUGUCUGCUUUAUGUACUGGCAUAUCCUGAAAUUCGGAAAUAUGUACAAAUAACAUACAGUGCCUGGCUAUCUGACUUGUAUUUGUAAAAUCCCAUGAAACCUAUUGAAGUGUGUCAAGCAUGUUUUGUUUUUUUUAUACAAAAUUUAUUAUUUCUAUUAAAAAUGUUUUAAAACUCCCAAGUUCAUCUUUUUGGAUUGGAAAGAUUUUCCUUUUUUUUUAAUUGCUUGAUCACUUUUUCUAAAAAAAAAAAAUAAAAAAAAAUAAAAAAAAAAAAAAUCAUAUAAACCACAGAACUGAUUAUAAUUAGAGCUAGAGUGGUGAAAGCCAUACCCCUUUUUUAUUCCUAUUGUGAAUAAACACAAUGCAAGUUUUCCCACCUCAAAAGAAGACAAUAGCUGCUAUCUUCUGAAUAAAAUGUUGCUACAAUUGCUCUGAUAAUAGCAGGAAACGGACUGAAAGAUGGUGAAAGGGAACAUAAAAUUAUUUCAAAUGAAUGGUUAGUCUCCACUUGAAUCUCCGGGUCUGCGUGUGCACUGGAGGCUCUCUUCGACAAUCAUCUCCACGCCUUCCUGAUACCAUGAGACCUCCAGAAAAAGCUGCACAAAUAACAGUUGUCGCAUAGCAAGGGUGUUAAAUGGGUGUCAAGAUCACAGGAAUAUUCACAGCAGAGUUUCAGUUAUCUUUCUAUAGCUUGAUAAAAGGCUGCUGGGUUGUGCAACACAACAU